CUGCAGCGGUUGCGAACAUUGUUAACGUAGCCUCGUAAAAUGGCGGAACUCGGUGAAGAUAAAGAUGCAGAGAGUGAAGAUGAAUUGUAUGAGGUUGUUAACAUCACAGAUUAUGCCAGGAGGCAUCAAUGGUGGAGUCGUGUUUUUGGAAACAGUACAGGACCCAUUGCAGAGAAGUACUCUGUGGCUUCACAGAUCAUGAUGGGUGGGGUGACUGGAUGGUGUGCUGGUUAUCUCUUUCAGAGGGUUGGGAAAAUUAUGGCAACUGCUGUUGGAGGGGGAUUUCUUUUGUUACAAAUUGCCAACCACAGUGGCUAUGUGCAGGUGGACUGGAGGAAAGUGGAAAAGGAUGUCAAUAAAGCUAAAAAGCAUUUGAAGAAAAAGGCAAACAAAGCAGCCCCUGAACUCAAUUCCUUUGUAGAAGAGUCUACAGAAUUUGUGAAGAGGAAUAUUGUUAUUUCGGGUGGAUUUGUUGGAGGAUUUCUGCUGGGCUUGGCAUCCUGAAUGAAACCUUGACCCACUGUAUUACUAUUGAUCUAAGUUGAGGAUCACAGCGAUACCACACUGAAACUUGAUGUACUGUAAAAGGUGCAGUGUGAAAUGGACAUUUGAUGAGCUAUAGAGCUGUUCAGAUUGUAACUCAAAAUCCCAGAAGAGUAGAAUUUUCAACAUAAUUUAAAAAAAAAUCAUGGUGUCUUCAAAAUUCACGUUUGGGGAAUGACUGUGUAAUUUAUGUUGUAGAACAAAACGUCCAAGUAUCUUCAAGUAAUGUUUACCACAGACCUUAUUUUACUCAUACAGUUGAAGUCAGAAAUAUACACACACCUUUUUUCUCAAUUCCUGAAAUGUAAUCGUAGAAAACAUAUCCGGUGUUAGGUCAGGUAAGAUCACUACUUUAUUUUAAGAAUGUGAAAUAUCAGAAGAGAUAGUAGAGAGAAUGAUUUAUUUCAGCUUUUAUUUCUUUCAUCACAUUUGCAGUAGGUCAGAAGUUUACAUAGACUUUGUUAGUACUUGGAAGCAUUGCCUUUAAAUUGUUUAACUUGGGACAAGUGUUUUGAUAGCCUUCCACAAGCUUCUCACAAUAAGUUGCUGGAAUUGUGGCCCAUUGCUCCAGACAGAACUCUUGUAAUUGAGUCAAGUUCGUAGGCCUCCUUGCUCACACACAUAUUUUCAGUUCUGCCCACAAAUGUUCUGGCGGAUUGAGGUUAGGGCUUUGUGACGACCUCUCCAAUACCUUGAUUUUGUAGUCCUUACUCCAUUUUUCCACAACUUUGGAGGUAUGCUUUGGGUCAAUGUCCAUUUUAAAGACCCAUUUGCAACCAACCUUUAACUUCCUGGCUGAUGUCUUGAGAUGUUGCUUCAAUAUGUACAUCAUUUUCCUUCAUCGUGAUGCCAUCUAUUUUGUGAAGUGCACCAGUCCCUCCUGCAGCAAAGCACCCCCACAACAUGAUGCUGCCUCCCCCAUGCUUCACAGUAGGGAUGGUGUUCUUCGGCUUGGAAGCCUCACCCUUUUUCAUCCAAAAAUAAUGAUGGUCAUUAUGGCCAAACAGUUACAAUUGUGUUUCAUUAGACCAGAGGAUAUUUCUCCAACAAGUAUAAUCUUUUUCCCCAUGUGCACUUGCAAACUGUAGUCUGGCUUUUUUUAUGGUGGUUUUGGAGCAGUGGCUUCUUCCUUGCUGAGCAAAUUUUCAGGUUAUGUCGAUAUAGGACUCGUUGUACUGUGGCCAUAGAUACUUGUCUACCUGUUUCCUCCAGCAUCUUCACAAUAUGCUUUGCUGUUGUUCUGGGAUUGAUUUGCACUUUUUUCACCAAACUACAUUCAUCUCUAGGUGACAGAAUGCAUCUCUUUCCUGAGUGGAAUGAUGGCUGCAUGGUCCGAUGGUGUUUAUACUUGAGAACUAUUGUUUUUACAGAUGAAUGUGGUACCUCCAGACAUUUGGAAAUUGCUCCCAAAGAUGAGCCAGACUUGUGGAGGUCCACACUAGUUUUCUGAGGUCUUUGCUGAUUUCUUUUGAUUUUCCCAUGAUGUCAAGCGAAGAGGCACUUAGUUUGAAGGUAGGCCUUAAAAUACAUCCACUGGUACACCUUCAAUUCAGUACAUCUCCUAUAAGAAGCUAAUUGUCUAAAAGCUUGACAUAAUUUUCUGGAAUUUUCCAAGCUGCUUAAAGGCACAGUUAACUUAGUUACUUACUUAACUUGUGUAAACUUCUGACCCACUUGAUUUAAAAGUGAAACAAUCUGUCUGUAAACAAUUGUUGGAAAAAUGACUCAUGUCUUGCACAAAGUAGAUGUCCUAAAGACUUCCCAAAACUAUAGUUUGAUAAUAUUAAAUCUAUGGAGUGGUUAAAAAAUUUGUUUUAAUGACUUCAACCUAAGUGUAUUUAAUCUUCUGACUUUAACUGUAAAUCCAAAACUGCAUAAAAAAAAACUUAGGUAAAUCCAGAGGUAGAUCUGUUGUUGAACAUACUGUAGAUCCCCAAAAUGUUGUUCGUCAUUGUAUAUUUCAAACCUGCGCAUGGAGAAAAAAAUAUCUUGUGCCAAAAACUUGUUUAAAGAAAAUUAUAGGCAUGCUUCUGUGUGAUUUUCUUUUUUCUUUAUUUGUUCAUGUUCAGCUUUCUGCUCAUUGUCUAUCUGUAAGAAAUCAAUAUAAAGCUAGUUACAUAAUUGUUUUCUUUGUUCUUUACUUGGUUUUGAAACAGUUAUUUGAUUAAAUGUUUCUGUAUUUUCUUAGUGAUGUAUUUUUAUGAAUUUACAGUGUUACCCACCAAUAACAUGUUUGUGAAAAUAAUAAAA